ACUCUUUCAUCUAUCACCAUAACUCUCAACACAGUUGAAAUGCUUGUUGGAACCAGUUCAUAAUAGUAGUACUUCAAAAAACUCAACUAGUCCUCACUGUCACUGCGUCACGAACCCUAAUUCCCUUUCUUCUUCUCUUUUUGCUUUCGAUCUUUCUCUCUUCUUCAAUUCAGUGGCAGAGGUGGCUGAAUUCACGUGAUUUCCAUGAGUGGCUCCGUUUUCCUUGAAUCGGACACGGCGACUGUUCACGGUUCGCAGUUUCCGAAAUUGAGCUUGAUUCCUCGUCGGCGGUGAUCGUCGGUGCAUGCAGCCUCGGAUUGGUAAUGUGCGAGUUUGAUCCAUCUAUUUGCGGCGUUUUGAGUUAAUUUUGCUUCUGACCGGGAAAUCAUGGCGCAGAGUAAUUGGGAAGCAGAUAAGAUGCUUGAUGUUUAUAUUUAUGAUUAUUUGGUGAAGAAAAAGUUGCACAACACUGCUAAAGCAUUCAUGACAGAAGGGAAGGUUUCUCCUGAUCCAGUAGCAAUUGAUGCUCCUGGAGGUUUUCUUUUUGAGUGGUGGUCUGUUUUCUGGGAUAUUUUCAUUGCGAGGACAAAUGAGAAACAUUCUGAGACUGCUGCAGCAUAUUUAGAGGCACAACAGAUUAAAGCGAAAGAACAACAGCAACUGCAAAUGCAGCAGUUGCAAUUAAUGCGUCAAGCUCAAAUGCAAAGGAGGGAUUCUAAUCAUCCUCCCCUUGGAGGUCCUGUAAAUGCUAUCACUACAGAAGGAGUGCUUGGGCAAUCUACUGCCAGUGCUUUGGCCGCAAAAAUGUAUGAGGAGCGGAUGAAGCACUCUAACCCCAUGGAUACAGAGACAUCCCAACCACUUUUAGAUGCUAGAAUGGCUCUUUUGAAAUCAACAAAUCAUCCUGGUCAGAUGGUUCAAGGAAAUUCAGGAAGUGUGACGGCAGCUUUGCAGCAAAUCCAGACUCGAACUCAGCAAACACCUCAGGAUAUCAAACCUGAAGUCAACAUGGGUACCAUGCAGAGAUCCUUGCCUAUGGAUCCUUCAUCAAUUUAUGGGCAGGGAGGAAUGCAGUCUAAGCCUGGAAUUGUAAAUGCAGGAUUGAAUCCGGGAGUUGGUAGUCUCACAUUGAAAGGAUGGCCUUUAACUGGCAUUGAUCAAAUUCGUCCUGGUUUUGGAGCACCAGUUCAGAAGCCUCUCCUUCAGAGUGCAAAUCAGUUUCAGCUUUUGCCACAGCAACAACAACAACAGCUCCUCGCACAGGUUCAGGCACAAGGAAAUAUUGGCAAUUCACCAGUUUAUGGAGAUAUGGAUCCACAACGGUUAAGGGGAUUAGCUAGGGGAAGUUUGAAUGCUAAAGACGGUCAAUCAAUUGCAAAUGAUGGAUCAAUAGGCUCUCCAAUGCAAUCUACUUCAUCUAAGAUCAACAUGCCACAGAUCCAACAAUCCACCUCCCAUCAACAACAGGAUCCUUUGCAUCCACAACAAUUGGUGCAGAAUAACCGGAAAAGGAAGGGGCCUACAUCUUCAGGACCGGCCAACAGUACUGGUACCGGAAAUACACUUGGCCCUUCUAAUUCUCAGCCAUCAACUCCAUCAACUCAUACUCCUGGUGAUGGAGUUGCUAUGGCGGGUAACUUGCAGAAUGUUGCUGGUAUAUCCAAAGGUUUGAUCAUGUAUGGUACUGAUGGAGUGGGCGGUCUUGCAUCUUCGACAAAUCAGCUGUUGCAGGAUGACAUGGAACAUUUUGGAGAUGUUGGCUCCUUAGAGGAUAAUGUGGAAUCAUUUCUCUCACAGGAUGAUGGUGAUGGAAGGGACUUGUUUGGCACAUUGAAACGGAACCCUUCUGAGCAUGCUACGGAUGCUUCAAAAGGCUUUUCCUUCAGUGAAGUUGGUUCUAUACGCAAAAGCAACAGCAAAGUUGUUUGCUGUCAUUUCUCUUCAGAUGGGAAAUUAUUAGCUAGUGCUGGACAUGACAAGAAGGUUGUUCUGUGGAAUAUGGAGACAUUGCAAACAGAAAGCACUCCGGAGGAACACAGUCUUAUUAUUACUGAUGUUCGCUUCAGACCAAAUUCAACUCAGCUGGCAACAUCUUCAUUUGAUACAACUGUGCGGCUGUGGGAUGCUGCAGAUCCAACCUUCCCUUUACAUACAUAUAGUGGUCAUACUUCACAUGUGGUGUCCCUUGAUUUCCACCCAAAGAAAACUGAACUUUUCUGUUCUUGUGACAAUAACAAUGAGAUUCGCUUCUGGAGUAUUAGUCAAUAUUCUUCCACUCGUGUUUUUAAGGGAGGAUCUACACAGGUGAGGUUUCAGCCAAGGCUUGGUCACCUUCUGGCCGCAGCAAGUGGCAGUGUUGUGUCUCUCUUUGAUGUUGAGACUGACAGGCAGAUGCACACGUUACAGGGACACUCUGCCGAGGUACACUGUGUCUGUUGGGAUACAAAUGGAGAUUACUUAGCAUCUGUGAGUCAAGAAUCUGUCAAAGUGUGGUCACUUGCCUCUGGGGAGUGCAUUCAUGAACUUAAUUCUAGUGGAAACAUGUUUCAUUCUUGUGUUUUUCACCCUAGCUACUCCACUCUUUUGGUUAUUGGAGGAUACCAGUCAUUGGAACUAUGGAACAUGGCUGAGAAUAAAUGUAUGACAAUUCCAGCUCACGAGUGUGUGAUAUCUGCUCUAGCACAGUCACCACUUACAGGAAUGGUUGCUUCGGCCAGUCAUGACAAAUCUGUAAAGAUUUGGAAAUAGAAUUGAUUUUGUGGUUCAAACAACCGUAUCAUAUAUGCUACCUGUUACAUUGUCAGGUAUAACAACAGGUAAAGCAGGAUUGAAGAAAGUACAAAGAUGAUGUGAGAAGAAUCUCCCACGAGUGAUGUAUCCACCAUCCUCUCCCUAUUUCUCCUUCGUCAUCUACUAUGAUAAGGGGCUUAGUUCAUUUUCUUUGUUCCUGUUAGUUUGACUAAUCCUUUUGUUUAUUUUUCUACUAAAAAAUUUAAAUUAUUGCUUGGUUGUUUGCCAGAUGUUGUGCAAAUGAGGGUUGUCAUUGUUAUUAUUAGCCCCUUUUCUUUUAAUAUCCAAAAUGUAUGUUGUACAAGUUUUCAUUGUCUUUUUUACUAAUUAACAGAUGACACCAAUUAAUUAGUAAUGAAUAUAUAAAUUGAUGAUAUUAACUGGUUGGAGAA